AUGACUACUGCUCAAUCCCGUGCAGCAUCGUCGGCAGCUGCGUCGUCAGCAUCGUCAUUGUCAGCAACAACGAUGAGCAGCACCGUGUGCUGCACUUCUUGCACUCCUGACGACACGCCACUGCAGGCGAUACGUUACUUCCCAACCUCCACGUCCAGAAUGGAUGCCGAUAGCGCCGAUGAUAUCAGGGGCCGUGGGUCCAGAAAAAACAAACAAGAUGCGGAAGGGAAAAGGCAGGUGCAAGGGGAUUUUUCCCAUGUGAAAUUGAAGUAUUCCGAAUCUUUUGACGCAUACGAAGACGACGUUGAAGAAGACGGAAGUCACCUCCACCGCCACCGUCAGCAACAACAACAACAACAGCAGCAAAAUUCUAGCGAAUUCCUUUUGAGCGUUGGAACUGGCAUGAGUGCGGGACGAUUACAGGUGCGAUGCGACAAAUGUUUUCAGUCAGGAAUUGGUCGUUCCAGUACGUCGAACUUCGUUGAUUGGAAACAGCAGCAGGAGAAUAAGAAGGAGCCACGUUGUGAGGAGCCGAAAGAUCUUGUGACAUCGGCAUUAUCAUCCCAGGUGUGGAGGUAUGAAGCGCCUGAUUCCCACACCAACAGUCUUGAAGGAAAGGUUAGCACGUCGUUGAAGUGUGGGAGGAACGAGAGUGCCUCAUUGGGAGUAUGUCGGUGGAAUGAUCGCAGUAAUCAUGUUGCAUGGCGGUGUUCAGAUGACGGAAAUAAUGAAACCGUCAACAGCUGGGGAGAGAAAACAUCACUACUUCUAAAUUCACAGAAGAAGUCAUGUGUAGCACCAACGUCCCCAAACAUGCAAGGUGUGAAGAUGGAACUUUGCAGCCUCCAUGGCGUGUAUAGAGAAAGGGAGGAAGAGCAGCAGCAGCAACAUUUCCUUUUUUCCUCACACACGAUGAAUGAUGGAUUUGAAACUUCGCAUGUUGACAGCGUCAAGGGGCGAUGGUUACGAUGGAGAAGAAAAUCAAAGUCCUUCGCGGGAGCAGGUGUCCAAACCGAUUCCAUGGCAUUGACGGAGUCAACAAGAAUAAGGGAAGCUGUAGGCAUUGGGUAUUUGUUGGGCGAUCAUGCGCCGCGCAUGGGCGACAUGUUGCGGCUGUUUUUUGUUCCCGGAACGAUUGAUUUGGAGGAGCGUGAAGUGCAACGAUGGAUCUGCAGCGUAAAUCGGACCCGUCGGCACGGUGUUCUCCUGCCCGAACUGCAGGGUAUUGAUGCGGGGGCACAAUUUCAGGAGUUCACCCAACCAAAAACGGCUUAUAUGAGCGGCGAAGCAGCGGAAGUAAAUUCGGGUUUCGUCUCCUCACCACCAGCCAUGGCAGCUGCGGCGGAGACAAGGCGAGGGCAAAUGGAGAAUUUAUCGGUUAGCAGUGCUGCCGCUUAUGUGUAUACGCGGCAGAAGGAAGUUGAGUCCAUUAGUUUGGACCCUGCAAGGGUACCCGGCAGCUUUCUUGAAGAUAGGGAAAAACUAGAUGCAUAUUGGGCGAGAGAUGAAAGCGGCAGAAGUAAUAGUGAUAAUUCGGAUGACCAGAUGAGUGGGAUGAAGCAGCACUCACGGUAUUGGAGUAACGAUUGGAGAAAAUACUCCAUGGAGGCAUAUGCUAUGGAAAUAUGUUCAAUGGCAUCAUGUAGUUCUGUGCAACAAAACAUUGACAACUGUUCUGUUAGUAGUGAGAAUAGGAAUUAUGACAACGGUACUUCUUUGGCGCCUUCGUCCUUGAGAAACAACUCUAAAAAAGAUGAAGAAAAGGCAUUUGGCAUGCGAUGUCUACAUGGAGGAAACGACGGCGCUUAUUAUUGCAACGAUCAUGAUUAUCAAAAAGAAAAAAAAAAAGGAAAAUUUAUGACAAAUGAUAAACGACCUGCAAUGGACGGUGCAUCGGCUUGGGAGAGAGGAAUUAUGAGUGAUGAUGGUCGUGGCAUAGGCAAUGACGAUAGGGAUACCCGUGUAAAUCAACAAUGUAGAGUGAAAGUCUGUAUUGCUGCUCUUAAAUCACAUUUUGUUAUCAUGGCAACUUUCAUGCCGCUGGCGUUGUUUAUUGGACUUUCGGUACUUACUUCCGCCAUCGUUAUCUCAGGCCUUCUUGUGGUGGUGGUGGCGUUGCUGCUUGGUGUACUGGUGUACCGGCAUAUCGUGGCACUUUACUCCUUGUGUUUUUCCAAGAACUUGUGGCCCACCAUUCCAUUGGGUUGCAGCAGGGGACAUAAUAAUGAACGACGCCGUAGCCUUGACGCGUCCCCUGAUGGCAGUUGGUUGCUCAUGUCCCCGAGUCUUCUUGAACUCACGCAUCGUUUUGGUGGACGGUGGAUGUACCUCCUGACGAAACUGUUGUACAUGGGAGCACUGCUUGCCGCGGCUAUCUUAUUUAUGUCCUUUGGUUUUACGCUGACCGGUGGCGCAGCGGCAAUCAUUUGCACCUUGUGGGAUCACUCGACGUUUGAAACCCUUUCCAUGAUGGAAUCAUCGCAGGGAUGUCAACUUGGACCCAAACCUCGAUUUCUGGUUCUGUUCCCAUUUCUCGCCCUCGCUGUAUGCUUUGCAGGCCCAACUGCCGCACGUAGCCGUUUGUGUUGGUGGGAAACAGGCAUCUUUAAACUUGUUUCCCUGACCGUCUUUGGGCUUCUUUUCUUUACAAUGCUUACGGUGCAAUUGGUAUGGACGCUUAAGCACUCACCCAGCGUGUUUGAUAUCCCGCUUCGCUUCAUUGUGGAUCACGCGUGGGGUCGCCGUGUGCCAAGUCUUUGGUGGCUGCAGGACACCGUAAGCCAGGCUGAGUUUUGGACGGAAUGGCAGGUUCUGGCCUACAUGGUGUUGAACCUUUCUUUAAGCGUGGCGCAGCUCUCAUGGUUCUUUGGUUUUGGUGUCAGUGCCAUUAAGGCAGGGACAUAUCACUUUUAUCUUAUGCCAUUGCUCUGGCGACGCGGAACGGUUAGGAAAGAAAGGCCACAAGGAGAAGAAGAAGAAAGAGGACAACAAUCUGUAAAACGUUUCGAUCAGUGUGUUUUUGCUGCAAGUGGAUUUGGAACACCAUUUUAUGUGGCAUUUAUUUUAUUCACGACCCUUGCGCUGGUGUCCACCUUUUUGGCUUUUGUAGGGACGACAAUGAGCUUGCCGUCCCUUGCCGCUCCAUCGCCGCUGCGAUUGCUAUGGACGGCUGUUCCGGUCAAUCUCACAGACACCGAUUCCGGCAGCAGAAGAAAAAUGGUGUGUGCCCUCGGUAUUUUGGAAAGCUCACCCGUUGGCGUGUUACGCUUCACCGCUGUACUUAGCUUUAUUGCUGGCAUCGUGUUGUUUGCGUGGGUGCCAUACUGUGUUUUGCAUGUGAGCAGCAUGCUUGCCCACUUGAAUCCUGUGACGGAGCCUGAGGAACGUCAGGAACUUGCUGCGAUGGCGUUUUUGCGGUCAAAACAGGCGGCGGCACGACGUAGGACGGGAGAAAGCCAUUCUUUUGGCCUUGUUUCUUCUACCACUCACACCACCACUUCGUGGUCGCGACUCACGCGUUGUUGGUACCGAAACAAAGGCCGAGGUGCUCUGGGUGUUGGUUAUUGCGGCAACCGUGAAAAGAAUGGGCAUUCUGGAGGUCAAUGUGGUGCAUCCGCGUCUUCGACUCCUCCUGCCGCUGCUUCUGCUGCUGCGGUAAGUGGCAGUGUUAUUUUUAAUUUAUCGAGCCCGUUUAUGUUGUACCCAGAGCAGUACCACGCGACGACACGGGCAGGUGACGGUGUCCGUGUCUUGGAGCUCUUCAAGCAUUUACGGCUUAUCACACUGGAAGAAAAUUGGUUUUGUUACCACAUAACCGAAGUGCUGCUACUCCGUCUUCCUUUUUUGGUUCUUGUGUUCAUGGUAUCAUCAUUGCUGGUUGCUGGACGGUUUGCGCGCUGCUAUGAGUUUUGGGCCUUUGGGGAACCAGAUUUAGAAUCUGCGAGACCAUCCCAUAAAAGUAACGUGGUGUACGUACCUCCCUUCUGUAAAGAAGCGGCCUCAGUUCCCAUUAGCGACCAGCUCUAUGGGAGGCUAGUGCUUUUUGCUGCAGUAAGUGGUGGAUUCUUUAUGGCACCGCUUGUGUUUGCCGUGCCUGCCUUCAUUUUACUGCGUUGUAGGUGGGAGCGUUGGCGUUGCAUGCGGAUGACCGCCUCGCUUGCACAGCUGAUGCAGGUGGAUGUGAGGCAGGUUCGUGACGCUGCACCCAGGCAGCCCCAUGGUACGGUGGCGAGCCCCACACUGCCGCUGCUGUGGAACGGAGAAAAGGAAGCGGAAGUGAUACGAAGCGAAGCAAGAGAAGUGAGCCCUGUUCCACUCGAGGUGCCAGUUGGUAUGAAUAAAGGCACAACGCUCACGCCAAGUGCGGCUUUGGGUGGAUUGGCAGGGGCUCAGUUUUUCAUGGCCACCCAGAAAAGCGUCGAAGGACUGAACGCAUGGAAUACGAACUGCAACGGAACGAGAAAAACAGCGGCCAUGGCGUCGACAACGCGGCGGAUCAGGAGGCAUCGCCACCCCAUGUACAAUGCGCCACUUGUCCCAUCGCAGUAUUAUCAGGCUCUGAAGAAGCGAGAAGAGGCAAAACACACGCCGUCAACAAUCACCCACAAAUUUUGCAGUGGGCUGUGGUGCAUAGUUCAGGUUUCAGUGGAGGCAUUCCCGCUGUUAGUGACACUCACGGCUUGGGUGGGAGCCUGGCGCGCGGUGGUUGCACUUGCAUAUCAGUACGGCAUUUGGACAAACUAA